CUUAUGUGAAAAGACUAACGAGUUCCCGAAUGUUCUUUCAGGGAGGCGACAUCACCAACAGUGAUGGCACCGGAGGGAAGUCCAUUUUUGGCAGCAAGUUUGAGGAUGAGAACUUCGAUGUUCGGCACACGGGCCCAGGCAUUCUAUCCAUGGCCAAUCGAGGCCGAGAUACCAACAACUCGCAGUUCUUCAUCACCCUGAAGAAAGCCGAACACCUGGACUUCAAACACGUGUCUUUCGGGUGGGUGCGGGACGGCAUGGACGUGGUGCAGCAGAUGGGGGAGCUGGGCACAAAGGGAGGCCCGCCCACAAAGAGGCUGGUCAUCACUGACUGUGGACAACUGUAGCUUUUGAAAUGAGGACAAUGAGAAGUCUUCUUUAGGCUAUUGGUCUGAUAAAACAAGACUUUGGAUAAUGAUGUGUUCCCUCCUGCUUGAACUGAAUCCUUAAACAUUAGGCAUAUGAGAAUUGAACACUGAUCACAGGACUUCAUCAUAGAAACGUGGCUCUGGUAGCCUGGAAUUAGAAAUGUCAUCCUUUUUAACACAAUCACAACGGGAAACAUGGUGUCGUAUUUGGGAGGAGGCAGACAUAGUAUACUUUUCUCUGUUGCACUUGUAUCUUUAUCAUCCUCUGUCAAUAAAUUGAAAUUAUUUGUUUAUGUGUGUAUAAUAAUUGUACAUGGUUUACUAUUUUAAUGUUCUUUCUUUUGUUUUCUAUUUUGUCUUCCACGUGCUCAACUUCAAUGUGCCGUGCUGGUCCGCUUCAUAAGCGCCUCCUGAGUAUUUGGUCCCUUUUUUAGAGGACGGAGACACCUGGUUUGGAUUUUACAAGGGCAAACCAUUAUAGUUUGAGAUAUUCACAGAGUUGAAAUGGUGCUUGUUGUACUAAAAUAUGAUGAUAAAGAAAAAAUAAAGUUGCUUUACAAGUA